AUGACGCCUGGACAGUAUCAGCGACGAAGUAUGCCAAGAGAUCCGGACAGUGCAAGAAAUGUCGGAGAGGGCUCUACGUUUGACCCCAGUAGCACCUCUGCUAUUAGCACUAGUACAGCCAGUCGUCUUAGCUUGAGUAAUUCUCGUCAAGCUUCUGCAUCAGGAACGUCAACAUCAGGAAGUCGUUUUGGCAGAAGAAUUCGUCCUGGCGAUGGAUAUCCAACUAGUACUGAGUCA